CAACAACUAUACCUCAUACAGAGGCUGAAGCAGACACUGUGCGGGCCCUGUACAAACGGACCCUAGUCCAAAGCAUCCAAUUGAAUGACCUCCUCAUAGAGCACCAGAAGCUGUUGAUGGAAAAAACAAAGCUGGAGGUGGAGAAAUUGGAGAGAGAAAGACAGAUCGACCUGUCCUCCAUCCUGCCGGAGACGCUCUCAGUUUUGGGAUCUUUCCUCCGAAAGAACGAGCGAGUUCUGAAGCUCGGGACGCUGGCCUGUCUCACCUCGAUCAUCACGCAUCAGGCUGCAAACAUCAAACCUGCCGCGCUGGAACCGGUCCUGAGCGAGCUGCCGGGUCUGGUGGAUGAGAGCGACAUGCACGUAUCACAGGUGCUGCUCCCCCCGGUGGUCUCCUGUGUGGAGGACUCCUUCUAUAAGAUCACCUCAGAGGCUCUGCUGGUGGUCCUGCAGCUGGUGAGAGUGAUGAGGCCUCAAGGACCCUCAGCAGGGGGGGGAUUCGACCCCAAACCCUUCGUCAGAGAGAUCGACCUGUCCUCCAUCCUGCCGGAGACGCUCUCAGUUUUGGGAUCUUUCCUCCGAAAGAACGAGCGAGUUCUGAAGCUCGGGACGCUGGCCUGUCUCACCUCGAUCAUCACGCAUCAGGCUGCAAACAUCAAACCUGCCGCGCUGGAACCGGUCCUGAGCGAGCUGCCGGGUCUGGUGGAUGAGAGCGACAUGCACGUAUCACAGGUGCUGCUCCCCCCGGUGGUCUCCUGUGUGGAGGACUCCUUCUAUAAGAUCACCUCAGAGGCUCUGCUGGUGGUCCUGCAGCUGGUGAGAGUGAUGAGGCCUCAAGGACCCUCAGCAGGGGGGGGAUUCGACCCCAAACCCUUCGUCAGAGAGAUCGACCUGUCCUCCAUCCUGCCGGAGACGCUCUCAGUUUUGGGAUCUUUCCUCCGAAAGAACGAGCGAGUUCUGAAGCUCGGGACGCUGGCCUGUCUCACCUCGAUCAUCACGCAUCAGGCUGCAAACAUCAAACCUGCCGCGCUGGAACCGGUCCUGAGCGAGCUGCCGGGUCUGGUGGAUGAGAGCGACAUGCACGUAUCACAGGCUGAGCGGUGCUCUGGUCAGUUUCCACAGCGCUCUGCUCUCCAGUCUGCUCCCUCAGCUGACCAGCUCCAGGAUGGCGGUGAGGAAGCGCUCCAUCUUGGCUCUGGGUCACCUGGUUCCCUGCUGUAGCCCCGCCCUCUUCUCCCAGCUGACUGAACACCUGACCAAUGAGCUCGCAAAGGCCCCGCCCGUUUCCAUGGCGAGGACGUACAUCCAGUGCCUAGCAACCGUCAGUCGUCAGGGCGGCCAUCGAGUCGAAAAGUUAAUCCCGAUGGUGUUGAAGUUCACGGACGUGGAGGACGACGAGCUGAGAGAGUACUGUUUCCAGGCCUUUGAAGCCUUUAU